CCUCCCCCUCUCCUACCUAGGUUUCCUCCAAUUCACAAUUCACACGUUGAGAGAGAGAGAGAGAGAAAGAGAGAGAGCAAAACGAUGGGGGGAGAAGAGAAACGGCACCAGAUGAUGCAGAACCUCUUCGGCGAUCAAUCGGAGGACGAGGAAGAAGUGCUUGAUUCUGAGCACGAAUCCAAUCCCCAACUCAAUUACGCUUCUCAUGGGGAGGGGGAGGGGGAAUGGGAAGGUGAAGGGGAAGUGGAGGGACACGGAGAGAGUGAAGGUGAUGGUGUUGGUGAUGCAGAAAGUGAAGGUGAGAGAGAACAAAGUUCCCUAGAGGUGGAAGGUGAAGGUGAAGGUGAAGGGGAAGUUGAUCAAAGAGAAGAGAGUGAGGGGAGGGACAUAGACAGUGAUGGCAGAGACGAUGACUAUAAUCAGAGAGUCGUUACUAGCAAGCGUAGGGAUGUGGUUGAGAGUGGAUCCGAGGAGAACCAGAACCAUUAUCCUGACAAUGAUGAUGAUGAGGAAGUUGACGAAGCUAGAAGCCCCAGUGGAUCACCUAGAGAUGACAAAGAUCAGAUUCGUGAUUUGGAUUCUGCCCCUGAAAUUCGUGAUGUAUUUGGUGAUUUUGACGAUGAAGAAGAGGAGGAUAUGGGGUAUGCAGUUCAGCAGGACAUUGAACAAGAUUCAAAUAGAUAUCCUGUGGAGGAGGAAGGAAGUUAUGGAAAGAGCCUGAGACAAGAGGAUAUACUUGCUGAUGAAGAUCCUCAGUAUGAAUCCGAUGAGGGAAACUUUGAGAUAAAAACUAAAGAGAAGCCACUUGGGCCCCCGUUAGAGUUAGAGGUUCCGUUACGACCACCUCCAGCUCUUCCAGAAAAGAUGAACAUGAUUAAAGUUUCUAAUAUUAUGGGUGUUGAUCCAAAACCAUUUGAUCCUAAAACAUACGUGGAAGAGGAUACCUUUGUAACUGAUGAAUCUGGAGCUAAGAAACGCAUACGCUUGGAGAACAAUAUUGUGCGCUGGAGGACUGUUAGAAAUCCUGAUGGCACAACAUCUUGUGAAAGCAAUGCUCGCUUUGUGAGGUGGUCUGAUGGCAGUGUGCAGUUAUUAAUUGGAAAUGAAGUUCUUGAUAUAUCAGUGCAAGAUGCACAGCAUGAUCAAGCACAUCUUUUCCUUAGACAUGGAAAGGGAAUCCUUCAAUCACAAGGAAGGCUAUUAAGGAAAAUGAGGUUUAUGCCAUCUUCCUUGUCAUCAAAUUCUCAUCGGCUGCUGACUGCUCUUGUUGACUCAAGGCAUAAGAAGGUUUAUAAGGUUAAAAACUGCAUUACUGACAUUGACCCUGAGAGGGAAAAAGAGGAAAAAGAGAAGGCUGAAAGUCAAACAAUCAGGGCUAAUGUACUUCUUAACCGUAAGCGUGAAAAAGUAAACCGGAAAUAUACUCCAGCUAUGGAGAGGAGGCGUCAACUUUCCCCUGGGUUUUUGGAGGAUGCUUUGGAUGAAGAUGAUGAAACAGAUUAUUAUGAUUCUCGUCGUUCUCAGCGCCGCUUUGAGGAAGAUUUGGAAGUGGAAGCCCGAGCUGAGAAACGAAUUAUGAAUGCUAAAAAGUCACAGGGACCCAAAGAUAUCCCUCGUAAGUCAUCCUUCCCACCUGCUAAAUCCUCCCGGCACCCAAUGGGUUACCUAGAUGAUGAGAGAGAGGAGUCUGAGUAUGAAACUGAUGAUGACGAAGAUGAGAGGCCUCCUUCACGUAAGAGGGAUGAGGAUACUGAACCAGAGUAUGAGGAUGAGGAAGAAGAGGAAGGGGAACACUAUGAAGAAGCAGCACAAGUUAAUGAUGCAUCAGAUGAGGAGGAAGAGGAGGAACCAAAGCUAAAGGGUAAGGAGGUUAGAGGCAGUGUCAAAAGGAAGGGAUUUGAAUCUGAUGAGGACUCUCCUCCAAGGAAAUCAACAGCCCAUCAUCGGCGAAUGGCAGUUGUUUUUGAUAGUGAUGACGAAUGAAUUUCCUUAAGCCAGAUUUUCAUGGAUCUCGCAAUUGGAAUUGGAAGGAAUGAUGUGGAUACAGUGCAUCUAACAGAUGCAGCAAAAGCGGAGAUGGGUUUUUUUUUUUUUUUUUUUUUUUAUAGUUAAAACUUUAAUGUUUCAUCCUUAUACAUAAAGAAGAGUCUGGCACACACAAUCUCCAUUAUUGAUUGUAUAUUUGUCUUGCUAAUGGUGAAGAUAAUCAGUGUAGAUAAGUAUAUUUUCUA